CCUCUCUUUUUCUCUCUUUCUCUCUUUCUCUCUCUCUCUCUCUCUCUCUCUCUCUCUCUCUCUCUCUCUCUCUCUCUCUGAUAUAAUCCUUCUCUUCCUCCUACUCUUCUUCUCUCUCGUUUUCAUCUAAAGAAGCAGUGCUUUCAAUGCCAGCAAUUUUAAUUUACUUAUCAUUUAGAUACUACCACUAUUUACAUCCCAUUUUCUUCUAUAUUACAAUAAUAUAUAAAUAUAUGAUUAUCGCUAAUUGAUAAGUUUUACGAACAAUGUGCGGACACAAUCAGUCACACUCUCUUUCUAUCUUUCGUCACAUAUUUGUUCGACUUUGAACAAUUAGUUCAAUAUGUUCCGGGUAUCAUUUAUCAGAUGCAUUUGUCAUAAACUCUCUGCCGUUACCCCGCUCUGUGGGAUAAUCUAACGCGUCAGAAGUCGCAAAAUGGAGACAUGACGAUGUCAUCGGUUUUGGACGAAAGGUUCUUUAACGAUUUUUUAACGAAUUGAAUUGUUGGGCUUAACCGAAGAAAGCUUUGACAAAUUUCAAGGUUCUAUUCAAAACAUGUCAUAAUGAACAGCAAGAACUAGACUUGAAGAUAGUUGUGGACGACGUGUUCUAUACGAAGUUGUGGCACUCUUUAUUAACAUAUUUCAUGUUACAUCAUAUUUCAAAAGAAUAACAAAUCAUAUUAAAAAAAAACACUCUUAUUUGAAAAAUAACUUAGUACAAUUCAUUUUCUCCGUCGCCUUCCAGUUCAAGGGAUUCUAUAGGAAAUGAUUUAAAAAAAAUGUAUCAAGAUUGUGAAAAGGACGACGGAUCGCAAUUCUAAGGGUACAUCACUUAAAUGUAUCCUCACCAAUGCGGUGAGUUAUCCCUUCCAUUGUUUUUUUUCUUUUUUAUUAUAAUUCACCUCUCCUCACUCGUUUGACUCAUUAACAAAAACUUAGUAACAAUAUUGGCUGGUAAUUUAUUUCUUAAUGAGGAACAAAAAUAUCUAGAACAGUUCGUUCCAUCGAUUUAUUUAAGGCAAGAUUAUUCACACGACAAUGGAUUGAUGAAAAUAAAUAAGGGUAACAUUUUCUGCAAUAGAAAAACCCGAGCGGGAUGAGUGAAUAUGGAAAGAUAUCCGGUUAACAGAAUAGAAAAGGACAAAUACAUUUCAUAAAACGGAAGUCGAGCAGAGCUAUUUCAUAAAAAGAAAUGAUGAAGCAACCCAGAGAAAAAGUGCAGUUGUUGCAAACUUAUUGAACGCAAGGAUAGAAGAAGUAAACAGACCUAAAUGCACCUUCCCAUACACACAUCCAUAGAGGAGAAAUGGUACGAAGUUAGUAUAGCAAGUAACUUUUUAGCGGUAUAAUCAAUGUUUUAUCAUUCAUCUGAUCAUGAUCCCAAAAUAUAAUAAACAAACAAACAAGAAGAAAAUAAACAAGCAAGGAACAGCAACCAAUGCGAGUCAAAUAACACAACACAGACAAGAGAGAAACUAAAAUAACGGUAGAAAAAAUGAAUAGCAGAAAUAUAUCGGGUAUUAAAUAAAAUUGAAGCAACAAAACAAAACAAAUUGGAAUGAGACAAAAGCUAUAGCGAGAGCGAGAGAGAGACAGAGAGAAAAACAGGGAAUAAAAGACAUCGCAGAACUGUCUCACCGGCACGGGUCGCACGGAACAUGGAUUUUCGAAAGCUUCUGCUGUUUUUAUCGCACGCCCCACUGCUAGCAUGGUUUUUCUUCGGUUUUCAACUCAAUUGUACAUUCGCUAGAACAGGUUUUAUGGUCCGCUUCUGCGUUUGCUUGAUUGCUACUGGAAAGAUAAAAAAGGACGGGGCUGAGCGAUGUUGUCCUAAAACGUUGAUGUUCCAGAAAAAUGGGGACUAGAUUGGGGUAAAUCAUACGUCUUUUUUCACGUAACGACCUAUGCGAUCAUGCCGCUCUAUACAAGAUUUAGAGACUGAUUAAGUACUACGCAGUCAGAUUGUCAAUUCUUGCUACGGGCAUUCAGGCAUGUUGUUAAGUCUCGCGUUCCUUGUUAAUGCCAUUCAUAAAAAAAACCCUGAUUAUAGAAUUUCUGGAUUACGCCUUAGUAGUUGAUACUAUUUGGAAGGUUGGAGUUGCAUUUGUAGUUGCAUUACCAUAGACAUAAUGUGUAGUGUCGUGUAUCAGUCAGCAGCAAUAGCGUUUAACACACUCAGAAUGCGUGACGUGUGCAUAUUAGACGUUCAACGUAAGCGACGACAGUUACAGCUUCUGGGUGAUUUCUCCUCCCACGCAUGGGUGAUGUUUACCGACACGCUCCCGUGCGUCCCUCCGCCGAUGCACAUGACUGCGAAAUGGUCUGGAUGAUCGCGAUGCACCUGCUGGACCCUUGGAACACACUUCUUCCACGAUAUGCCACACGCGCCGGAAGUUGCAGUUGCAACACGAAAGCUGACUCGACCAGUUUGGUCGCAACAUUGAAGGAGAGCUCGGUACUGCUAUGAAUUCUCGGUUCCUACUAGUGGCACUGCUAUUGCGGGUAUCGCGGGCCGAUUGGGUCGAGAUACCGCAGGUCAAACCAUCGCCUCCGCUAACCCGAGGAGUAUCCAUCAGCACCACAAUCAAACCCGCCACCAUCGACGGUCACGUGUUGUCCCACUCGCAUCUGCUACUGUCCCAUCUUUCUGGCGACCGGAGAAGAGUGGGAAGUCAUUGGUCGCCAUCUGUAUCUGGUGGUAGUGGCAGUAGCAGUAGUACCUCCUCCUAUAACCGCUGGCAUCGACCCGUAAAUGAUCUACUCGAAAAUCAUGGCCUUAACAUGAGCGAAUCUCGUCGGGCACCAGCCUGGGUGGGUACAACGACCUGGCAAGAAGCACAUCAACACCCGUCCGUUACGCUAGUGAAUAUUUCAAACAAAGUGGAGCAGUUGCACGAUGCCGAAAGUGACGAGGACGCGUAUGACGACGGUCAGUACCCGGUGGUGCACACAGAGCUGCUUCCGUUCGGAAAUAGAUACGAGGAAGAGUCGAUCGAAUCGAUCGCUGCGAACGGAGCACCAAAAGCCAUCCUUCAUUCUGUGGCACCGUCCGUGGCUCACUUUGACGAUUUCGAUGACUACGACGAACUAUUGCCACAGGUGCAUCAGGUGAAGCCAAAACCUCCGAACAGCGAGAUAGAAGUAGAGGAGGAGGAGGAGUACGUAGAUGAGGAGGACCUAGAAGAAGUGCACGAACCGGACAGGACCAUCGAGGAAUUUGAAACAGAGGAGCAAUUGAAACUACCGAGUAAGCUUCAUGGGCAUCCCCAACCACCGACGGGACUAGGUGGAUUUCUCGACUUUCUCCGACGUAUGCAGGUCAGCUUCGUGCAGCGAACGGCACACACGAUCGGUGACAAGAUACGAAUGCUGGCCGGGAUGCGCGAUCAGCUCCUGAGCACCAUUGAGCGACGUAUUGCCGUUCUAUGGCGGGGUAACAGUGAUAUGUACCAGUUCGAGCAGCGUAGCCGGGUCAAGCGCGGUUGGAUGGAACCGCAAGCAGACACGGAGGCCAUGGACUUCCCGUCAGCCGAAGGGGCGCUUCUUACCAUUUCCUUUCUCACCUUCGCCGUAUUUCUGAUCAAGCUGGUGCUGCAGGUGAUCAACACGAUCAAGGCGAAACACUACACGUACAGCACAUUCGCGGCGGCCACACCGGUGUCGGGAGGAUUACUAGUUAAACGCACCCGGCGCCAAACGGUUGAUCCGCACGAACUGCAGGUGAUCCUGGGUGCACUCAAUGGCUUUCGGCCCACGUAGUACACCGCCUCAGGCGUGUGCUGCUUACUUUUCUUUUUGGGGGCAGUUUUACAAGUUGUCUAUAAUUCAUUUCUUAUUUGAUUGAAACACAUGGCACGAGCAAUAAAAAAAGGAAGUCGUCUCGCUUUUAAAUGAAGUGCGGCGUAUGCAUUCUGCA